GGACCGCGGAACAUAAACUUUGCGUGCAGGUCCAACAUUAUCCCGACUCGUCUUAUAUAUGUCGCCUCAUCCUAUGCAGACGACAGGUCCAGCUCGAGUCGAAUGGAGUGCCAUCGCCAGUUUCCUUACUGUUAGAGCGAGCCAUAUACCACCACCACCACCACCACCACCCACUAUAUAUCCCGUACAUACCUUGUGCUAACCCACAACCAUCAUAACCCACAACCAUCAUAACCCACAACCAUGAUUCAAGAUAUUCUCAACGACCUCACCAGGACCAACAUCGCCGUGGGUGUCUUCUGCCUCUGGGUUCUCUGGAACCUCGUCACGCGCAUCGAUGAGGAGAGGAGAAUUGCCGCCUACGGAAAACAUGCCCCCACCGUCAGGUGCUGGCUGCCAUACAAUCUCGACAUGGUAGGCAGAGCAGUCUACAACAGCCUACACAACAACAACUUCGGAGGCUGGCGCAAGCUCUUCGAGAACAACGGCCGCGGCCGCUACACCGUCGAAGCCCGCCCCGCCAGCCAGCGCAUAAUCCUCACCGCCGAACCCGAGAACAUCAAAGCCAUCCUCGCGACCCAAUUCGGCGAUUUCGGCAAAGGCAAGCCCUUCCACAAUGACUGGAAGCCCUUUCUGGGGGACAGCAUCUUCACCACCGACGGGGAUGCGUGGCAUGCGUCGCGCCAGCUGAUUCGCCCGCAGUUCGUCAAGGAUCGGGUGAGUGAUUUGCAUACAUUCGAGAAGCAUGUGCAGACGCUUAUGACGGCGAUUGCGAAUGGGGGGGUGGUUGGGAUGCCGGGGGUGGCGACGGAUGGGGUGGCGCAGGGGAGGGUGGUGGAUGUUAGUGAUUUGUUCUUUCGGUAUACGCUUGAUUCCUCGACCGACUUCUUGUUGGGGCAUAGUGUGGAUAGUCUACGUACGCCGAUUCAGGAGUUUGCUGAGGCUUUUGGCGAGGUGCAGAGGGUUCAGAGUAUUAUCGCUCGUGCUGGACUCCUCAACUGGCUCGUCCCCCGCGGCUCCUUCAACGCCGGCCUCAAAGUAAUGAACACCUUCAUCGACCAAUACAUCGACCGCACCCUCGCCUUCACCUCCGCCGAGCUGGACUCCAAAGCCAAAUCCUCCUCGUACAACUUCCUCCACGCCCUCGGCGGCUUCACUCGCGACCGCAAAAUGCUGCGCGACCAACUCACCGCCGUCCUCCUCGCCGGCCGCGACACCACCGCCUCAACCCUAUCCUGGACAUUCUACGAGCUCGCGCGCCACCCUGUUGCGUUCAAGAAGCUGAGGCAGGAGAUUAUGGAUGUGAUUGGCGAGACGGAUGCGCCGACUUAUGAGGAUUUGAAGAAUAUGAAAUACCUCCAGCAUACUAUGAAUGAGGUGCUCCGCCUCUACCCGGUCAUCCCAUUCAACGUGCGCUUGUCCCUCAAAGACACCACCCUCCCCUUCGGCGGCGGCCCCGACGGCAAAUCACCCAUCGGCGUUCUCAAAGACACACCCGUCGCGUACUCAACCCUGGUCAUGCAGCGGCGCAAAGACCUGUACCCCAUCAACGACGACCCGAACAUGGGGGUCGAGGUCUUCAACCCCGAUCGCUGGUUCGGAUGGCAGCCGAAACCCUGGACGUAUAUCCCGUUCAACGGCGGACCGAGACUGUGUAUUGGACAGCAAUUCGCGCUGACGAAUAUGGGGUAUACAAUUGUGAGGAUGCUGCAGAGGUUUGACCGCGUGGAUAGUUUUAUGCCGGAGGGGCCCAUGGGGGUCCCGAUUAUGAAGGCGGAUAUUGUGUUGCAGCCGGGGGCGGGGGUGGCGACGGCGUUUUAUGACGCGAAGAGGGAGACGGUUUAGGGGUGGAGGAUU